AUGGGGUUCCUGUCUCUGGGCUUCCUGCGCUCGCGGGAAGCCAAUCGGCCAAAGCUGCCUCUGUACAAGGAGUUGCCCUCUUCCAAAACACGCCCACCUCGCACGCCGCGCUCCUCCACGCCGUAUUCUCCGACGAAGGAACGGAUCUCGGACGUAGAUGAUUCAUCAGACGACGGCUCGGAUAAUGGCGACGAGAGCGACUGGUCAACCUCAUCGUCCCUCACUUCGGGAAGCUCAAAACGAACAUCAUCCUCAGCCUCGUCCGCCGCUGCGCUCAUGGCCCCAAAGAGCUCUGUGGCUGCCGUGCGACGACCGAGGCGGAGAUAUCUUUACCGUCUACCGAACCGGGUCGUACGGUACCUGUGCAUUGGCAUGAUCUCAACCAUCAUCAUAUUCAUAUUCCUUCUGGUGCGGGCCAGCCAGGUCGAGAACAAGAGGAUAGCAGAGGGAAAGGUGGAAAAGAAGCCAGCAGACCCUCCCCCGUGGGAGCAGUUUGAGUUCCUCACCAGGUACUACGGUGGCGUCAGAACCUUGACCCCCUUGGCCAACAACGUGCCGCAGUAUCCGCGCCUUGGCGGGGAAAGGCCAUACAACGCCACUCAAUCGCAACAACAAGAGUCAGACAGCGGAGAGACUCCUUAUCCGCCAGUUGAGGCAAAAGCUGUGCCUUCAGGCAAAGCGUUUACCGGCUAUCCGAGAGCCAGUCUACCAAAGACUGAAGAUGGGGUUCACGAGUGCUUUUUGGACGACCAGGGAACGGUCAAGAUACCGCCGCUGCGAUACCUGGAGGGGCGUCCAAACGGCUUUCCGGACAACAUUCUUGGGUCUUACGAGCUUUUCUCGCUUCCCGAAGAUAUUUGCUUCGACCGCUUUGGUAGAUACGGGCCCUACGGCUACGGUUAUUCCAUCAGAGCCGGAGGCCUUGGAGUUGGUGAGCACGGCGAGCGCGAGGGUGCCGAGGCGGUGUGGGAAACGGCCAGGGAGAUUGACUGGCGAACACUCGACUGGGCUGAUGCCCAGCGACGCUGCUACAAGGCCAAUGCCAAAAGAUACAAACCCCUGGCCACACGCGACCCUCCCCCUCAUGGCUUCUAUAUUGGCGAGGGCUUACAGAUGUCUAGGCGGAGUACGCAGGACUCGGAAGAAAACGGCUCUCAUGUGAUCAACUCCGCUGAGAAGCUCAAUGGUGAACUGGCAAGAACCGCGAUUGUCCUGAGGUGCUGGGACGAAUUUGCUUGGAGGGAAGAGGACAUCUUGAACCUGAGGGCGCUCAUCGCGGAACUUUCACUCGCUUCGGGCGGUCGCUACGACGUCCACCUAUUGGUCCAGGUGCGGAAUGAUGCCAGGAACCCAAUCUGGGCGGAUGAUGAAGCCUACCGUAACCGCGUCAACGAGACCGUUCCGGAAGAGUUUCGCGGAAUUGCCACUCUGUGGUCGGAAACACAGAUGCUUGCCGUCUACCAAGGCAUCGUCGACCUUUGGACCAGGGGUCCUGAUCUUCCCGUUCACGGCUCGUAUCGUGGUCUCCAGAUGGCGAUGCAGCAUUUCGCAUACAACCACCCCGAGUACGAGCACUUCUGGCAGUGGGAGAUGGAUAUCCGCUACACUGGCCACUAUCAUGAUCUGCUCUCCAAACUUGAGCUCUGGGCCAAGGAACAGCCCCGGAAGGGGCUCUGGGAGCGCAACGCUCGCUACUACAUGCCCUAUGUUCACGGUCCAUGGGAAGAUUUCAAGCAGAUGGCCCGCGUGCAGACCGAGCACGGCACCGUCGGACCCGACAACCUCUGGGACAAGGCGGUCCCCGGCGCCAAGGCGGGAGACAACAAGCCCUCACCGCAGCACGUCUCUCCCGGCGAGCAGAGCGUGUGGGGUCCUCUGCGCCCUUUCGACCAAGGCGACUGGUUCGAACACGAGAACGAUCCGGUGCCGCCCACCACGUACGAACGGGAUAGGUACGAGUGGGGCGUCGGCGAGGAGGCAGACCUAAUCACGCUCAGCCCCAUCUUCGACCCGGAGGGCACCAGCUGGAAGCUGGCCGACGACAUCACGGGGUACAACGAGACGGAGGGGAUUGGAAAACCGCCCCGGCGCGCCCAAAUCAUCACGGCCUCGCGUAUGUCGCGGCGACUGCUGCUGACCAUGCACCGCGAGACAGCCUUCAAGAAGCACCACGCGUUUCCCGAGAUGUGGCCCGCCACCGUCGCGCUGCACCACGGCCUCAAGGCCGUCUUUGCGCCGCACCCAGUCUUUGUCGACCGCGCGUGGCCGCCCGAGUACAUGGCGCGCGUGGUCAACGGCGGGCGGAACGGCGCCUCGGGCGGGGCCAGGACGUCCGUCUACGGCGACCGCGAGCACAACAUGAUGGGCCUCACGUGGUUCUACAAUGCCGGGUUCUCAGGAAACCUCUACCGCCGCUGGAUGGGCCUGCGCGUCAACAAUGAUGGCGGCGAGCAGUUUGAGCUGACGCCCGACCUGAGCUUGGACGACAAGACGGUCGGCACCAUGCGCGGCGGUGAGGGCCGCAUGUGCCUCCCGCCCAUGCUGCUGCAUCCCGUCAAGGAGGUCGUGCUGCCCGUCGAGCAGCAGGCGGAGGUAGCUUUCGCCUCGGAGUCGGACCCUGCGGCAUGA